UCUUCCGGAUAAAACGAUCUCCCGAUUCCGAAGACGAGGGUUUCGAGCGAAGGGUUUUGGAAUCCGGCUAGAGAAAGAGCUCGGUGAGUCUGCUCUUGUCUCGUAUACACACUGCAAAAUUCUUCAGCCUCCUUCAACUAUUUGUACGGUGUUCUUAGUCGAAGAUUUGAUUGGUUUUAUUGGCAUCUUCCUCCAUUUUUGUUCCUCGAUCGUGACAUAUGAUUUGCUAUUGAGUCUGGCAUGUUGCGUAGUCGGAUUCCGGCAACGCCGGACGUCGCUGGAGUCGCGCCUGCGGAGAAUCUUUUAUCGCUAGGGUUUGUGUCUCACAAGAAAGGGAAAAAUCAGAUUUUGUUUCGAGAUUUUGUUCGUCCAUCAGCAAUGAAGAGUGGGGUUUGUGCACGACUAAAAUUUGGGGGAAAUAAUUUUCCUGUCAAAUCCGAAGUCAAGAGAACAUCGGUCUCGUAUGGAGGGUGUAUUCCAUCGGUCUUGCGAGCACUGGAAACAUUUCCAGAUUUAGAUGAGGCUCUGAAGCCAUGGGAAGACAGCCUCAGCAGCAAGGAGAGGACUAUAAUUUUGAAAGAGCAAACGGAUUGGAGAAGGGCUGUCGAGAUCUUUAAUUGGUUUAAGAGAAAGGGGUGUUACGAACUCAAUGUGAUUCACUACAAUGUCAUGCUCAGGAUUCUCGGGGAAGCGCAAAAAUGGGAUCUUGUUGGGUCGUUCUGGAACGAGAUGCAAUCCAAUAGGAUAAUGCCGACGAAUUCAACUUACGGUACACUCAUCAAUGCUUACUGCAAGGGAGGCCUCAAUAAAGCAGCGCUCGUCUGGUUAAGUGAUCUCUACAAGCAAGGAAUGGAGCCAGAUGAGGUGACAAUGGGAGUCAUUCUCCAAACAUAUAAAAAGGCUGGGAAGUUCCAAAAGGCAGAGCAGUUCUUUCGAAGGUGGUCAUCAGAUAUUUAUGAUGAUGGUGAAACACAGAAGGGUUACAGCUUAUACACGUAUAAUACGCUGAUUGAUACUUACGGAAAAGCAGGGCAGCUUGAGAAGGCUUCGAGGACCUUUACACAAAUGUUGGGAGAAGGUAUUGUUCCAGACACAGUCACUUUCAAUACAAUGAUUCAUCUUUAUGGUAACAAUGGGUGCCUGGAAGAAAUAUCUUCCUUGAUGACAAUGAUGGAUGAACACCAUUGUGUCGCUGAUACAAGAACAUAUAACAUACUUAUCUCAGUCUAUCUAAAGAUGAAUGAUAUCGACACAGCAGCUAGUUACUUUUCAAAGUUGAAGGUAGCUGGUCUAGAACCAGAUAUUGUCAGUUACCGCACUCUUUUAUAUGCAUAUUCUGUGAGGAACAUGGUUGGAGAAGCAGAAGCUCUUAUAAUGGAGAUGGAAGAACUAUCUCUUGAGAUUGACGAGUACACACAAUCAGCUUUGACGAGGAUGUACACAAAUGUGGGGUUGAUUGAUAAAUCAUGGUCUUGGUUUGAGAAGUUAAGUGACAAAAUGAGUUCGGAGUGCUUUUCUGCCAAUAUUGAUGCUUUUGGGGAGAAAGGGCACAUCCAUCUUGUGGAGAAAGCUUUUUCUUGUUGCUUGUCCAGGCAAAAGCUGAGUGUUCUUGUGUUCAAUGUGAUGAUAAAGGCUUAUGGGUUGCAAAAGAACUGUAAUAAGGCUGCUGAGUUGUUUGAUGGAAUGAUAGGCUAUGGCGUUGUGCCAGAUCAGUGCACUUAUAGUUCAAUAAUACAGUUGCUAUCAGCUGCUGAACUACCUCAUAAAGCAGUAUACUAUGUCAGAAAAAUGCAAGAGGCAGGUUUGGUUACCGACUGCAUUCCAUAUUCAGUGGUAAUGACUUGCUUUGCUAAGCUCGGCGAAUUACAAACAGCAGAAGAUCUAUUUAAAGAAAUGAUUAGCUUUAAAAUUCAACCCGAUAUUGUUGUUUACUCCAUUCUAAUAAAUGCAUUUGCGGAAGUUGGAAAUGUUCAUGAAGCCAUGAAAUAUGUUGAUUCCAUGAAGAGUGCUGGUUUGACUCUCAACUCAAUAAUUUGUAACUCUCUGAUCAAACUCUAUACAAAGGUUGGAUACUUGAGAGAAGCACAAGAGGUUUAUGAAUUCUUGAAAUCGUCGGAAGACAGUCCAGAUGCAUAUGCAUCAAAUUGCAUGAUUGAUCUUUACAGUGAAAAUGCUAUGCUAGGAGAGGCAGAAGAGAUCUUUGACAACUUGAAAUGCAAUGGAAAGUCUAAUGAGUUUUCAUAUGGAAUGAUGCUGUGUUUGUACAAAAGACUUGGGCGACUUGGCGAAGCUUUUUUCAUUGCCAAAGAGAUGCAAACCUUACAACUCCUGACCAGCUCAGUGAGUUGCAAUAAUAUAAUAGCUUUGUAUGCAACUAAUGGGAGAACGAAGGAAGCUGUGGAAACUUUCCGUUACAUGCUGGCCUCGGGUAUACCACCCGAUGAUGGUACAUUCAAGACAUUAGGUCUUGUUUUGCUUAGGCAUGGAGUGUCAAAGGAAGCUAUAAACCAAUUAGAAUCUGUGAGAGGAGAAGAUGCUGAAGUUGGUUUGGAAGAAUGGAUCAAGGCUAUAUGCUCUGUCCUCAGAUUUGAUGUUAAUCUGAGGCAUGUGGGUAAAACAAAGAGUUGUUAUAACAUAGAACCUUUUACCGUAAAUCUGUGCGAGAAAGAAUUUGCAUUGAAGGAAUUAGGCGAUGUCAAGCAAGGAUUGUGUGGCUAAAAGCUGUGCAUACUACUAGAAAUCUUCAGUGUCUUUGAAAUAAUUUCCAUUAUAUCAGCCUGCCAAAUCUGUCUUUGACAUUUACGAUUGGCUGCAGUCUCUGUAAAUAGGAAGACCUUGAUCGAAAAGCUUUGAUUAUGGUAUCUCAGCUACUCGAUUACUGAUUUAACUUUAUUUUGUCCCUCUUCAUGUCUUAUUUGACUCAGGUGAGCUGUGACCAUUCUGAAUAUUCUGAAAGCGAAGUGCAGGUGUAGAUGUAAUUCUAGAAUGUUUAUGCUAUAAAACCUGAUUCCAGUUUGUA